CGAGCGUUGCGUCCGACCAGGCUGCGCGUUGUCCGCCCGGUGUAUAAGAUCACAGCAUGCCCACUGUUGUGUAAGCCUAUCCUCAACAUAAGCUUUCAACCUCAAAUUCUUCUGUACCCGCACGUCAUCUGCACAACCACUCCGCUCUAUAUUACUACCAUUAUAACAAUAGAGCCACCAACAAAAGCCUCACUUCAACCUAUCAUCACUAGCCCCACAGUGAGUGCGAGACAUCGCCCACCCUCUCCAGCACUGCGAACCCAGAUACGCGUGAUAUAAUGGAUUCCCAAUCAUUCGACUAUUGGAUGGCCCAAGGCAGUUACAUUGCUCCCCCGCGUCAUCAGACCACAGUGUUUGAAAUGCCCCCGGAUCUUGCUAAAGUACCCAGCCUGAGCGGAUCUCCAGUCUCCUCCACAUAUGACCAGUUCCCCGCACCGAUACAGCAGCAGGCCUACUAUCCUCGCAUUGUCGACGAACCAAUGUCGUUCGGAUCAUAUCCCAUGCCAAUGACCCCAUCAGAUUUUGGCUCCGACCACGACAGCCCAUACUGUAGUCCUCGACCACCACCACAUGCUGAGCCAGUCUUCACUUCUGUCCACAGCUCUACAUCAGCCGAGAGGAGCCACACAACCUCGGGACGCCGACGAGCUCAGAACCGCGCCGCUCAACGCGCAUUCCGCGAGCGCAAGGAAAAACAUGCACGUGACCUCGAGGUGCAGCUCUCCGUCCUGAACGACAAGUACAAUAAGCUUGAGGUAUCGCAUACGGAACUCAACGCAGCAUACGAGAAGCUCCAGAAAACAAUCGAGUUGCUCACACAGAACGACGAUGCCGAGGGUGACGAUGAAGAUGGGAAGACCAUCCGCCGAAGGAAUAGCAACUCGGAUACUCUUCGCAAACUCUUGGAGAUAUUACAUGGCGAGUUCAAGGGUGUCAUGUCAGUGAAGACGGAGAGCACCUGAGUACUGCGCCAGAGCAUUACUGCAUAGGCGGUAAUUGGCCAGCUUAUUUCCCUUCUUGUCUAUACCCUUGAGCCAUUCGGAGUUUGAAGUUCUAUAUGGCGUAGCCAGGGCUUUUGGCGUUUCAUCGGCGGUAACUUCUCAUUCGUGAUAUCUCGCGGAGGAUAUUUUUAGACACUUGCACCUGUUCCCUCGUUGGGAUAUGAUCUACGAAGAUUACGACUGGUUGAAUUCGGGGGUUUUCUCUCCUCUUCUAUUACGGCCACUAUAGAGACGGCCACCUGCCUCUUUAGACAGUUCUGUCGAUAUGUAGUUAGCUAGGACCUAAUACCAAUCGAG